UGACGUCAUCGGAAGCUGCGCGAAGAUGUCGACGGCGAUGAAUUUUAGCUCCAAGAGCUUCAACCCCCGGCCCCCGGAUAAGGGCUCCUUCCCCCUGGACCACCUGGGUGAAUGUAAAGAAUUUAAAGACAAAUUUAUGAAUUGCCUUCGAGAGAGCAAGUUUGACAAUUCUCUGUGCAGACAGCAAUCGAAGGAAUACUUGGAGUGUAGAAUGGAAAGGCAGCUGAUGACAAAAGAACCACUGGAGAAGCUGGGAUUUAAAGAUCUCAUCGACAGUAAUGCAUCAGAAAAACAGCGGCAGAUGAAAACCUAACUGUAGAGGAGCACAUUCCAACUACAAACUAAACAGGAGUCCAUUGAUGGACAUAUUUUCAUAUUGACUCUGUAUAUAUUGGAAAAGAAGUUAAAUUUCUGUAUAAUAAACGUGGAAUAAAUACUUAA